GCGGUCCUCCAGAGCAGAGGGGGCGCUGCUGAUUGCUAUUUCGCUGGUGUUGCUCGGGGUCCUGUUGCUUAUUGAAGUGGUGAAGCACUGGAGUCGAGGCGGCAUUUUCAAGUUGCUGCAGUGUGUGUUUGGUGCUGUGCCGGUGGCUGAGCCGGAUGCUGCCUGACCUGCUGAAUAUUUCUAUAUGAACUGCAGCUGUUCAAGAAGGCAACUCAACACACCGCCUUGAGCAACUGGGGAUGGGCAACGAAUGAUGGUCUUGCCAGCGAUGCCCACAUCCUGUGAAUGAAUAAAAAAAAAAGAACAGGCACUCACCUGGCUUGAACCCUAGAAUUUUCGAUCUGGUGUCUGCACCCUGUGUGGAAGUAAAUCUUCCAGAAAAAGCCAUGUCCCGGAAAAAGUGUAAAGAUGAUAACAAAGCCCACGUUUCCAGCUCGUUUGAGUCGGAGGACAUCAGUUUAGAAACGACCGUGCCGACCGAUGACAUCUCUUCAUCAGAAGAGAGAGAGGCCUCCACUAAAGUCACCAAACAGCUUAUUGAGAGGAAGGAGCUUCUUCACAACUUACAACUCCUGAAAAUUGAGUUAUCGCAGAAAAACCUGAUCAUUGACAACCUGAAGGUGGAAUACCUCACGAAAAUCGAAGACUUAGAGGAAAGGCUGAAUGAUUCCCUUCACCAGAAGCAAUUACUACAGGUCCGUUUGGAGAACCAGCUGAAAGUUCAGCAGGAUGAUGCCAGGAGACGACAAGAUCUACGAAAACAAGAAAUGGAAACCAUUUUAGAGAGACAGAAACUACUUGAAGAGACAAAUCAGCAGCUGCAAGAACGUGCAGGUGACAUUCGCCGCAGUUUGCGUGAUCUGGAAUUGACUGAAGAUCAGUAUGCAGAGUUGAAAACUAGGUCUGAUGACCAGCUUUCUAUACCUGAAUAUGUAUCUGUACAAUUUUAUGAAGUGGUGCGACCUUUGAGGGAAGAGGUUGAAGAGCUUCGGCAAAAGAAAAGCAGCCUUUGGGAAGAAAGCAACAGCCAGAAAAAUCAAUUGAACAACAUGAUUGAGAGCUAUGAAUCUGAAAGGAGAACUCGCUCUGAUCUUGAAGUCCGUUGUCAGCGCCUUACAUUGGAACUAGCAGACACCAAACAGCUUAUUCAGCAAGCAGACUAUAAGAGAGAGAAUUAUGACCGAGUGAAGCAUGAGAGAGAUGCACUUGAUCGGGAGACUUCAGAGCUCAGAAAAAAGCUAGAAUUACUUGAAGUCUCACACAAGACACAAACUAAGGAGAGAAUUGACUUAACCAAAGAGGUGGCAGCAUUACAGCAGUCUGUUAGUUUGCUGCAAAAGGAUAAAGAAUAUUUGAAUCGUCAAAAUAUGGAACUGAAUGUCCGUUGUGCCCAUGAGGAAGACCGUAUAGAACGCCUUCACACUCACCUUGAGGAGGCAAAGCGAGCUAGGGAAGAAAUGUAUGAAAAAUAUGUGAUUUCAAGGGACCACUACAAAAAUGAAUAUGAAGACAAGCUUCGUCAUGAACUGGAGCAGAUCCGAGUGAAAACAGACCUGGAAAUUGAACAUCUUCGAAGUGGCUCCAAAGAAAUGUAUGAGAGGGAAAACAGAAAUUUAAGGGAAGCAAGAGAAAAUGCAGUUGCUGAAAAGGACCGAGCUGUUGAAGCAGAAAAGGAUGCGCUAGCAAAAUAUGACCAACUUCUGGAACAGUUUAGGCAGAUGCAGGUCAACACAGACAGCCGCAUAUCUGAACUCAUGAAUCAGACAAAGCUAAAAACAUUUGAGGCAGAACGAGCUCAGUUGGUGCAAAAGGAAACAACCAAGAAUCUCAAGCAGUGCCAGGUGGAAUGUGAUAAGUACCAAAAGAAACUUGAGGUUUUAACAAACGAAUUUUACAGACUGCAGGCAUCAGCAGAUAAGCACACUACUGAACUUCAGGCACAAAACUCUGAGCUUCAAGCACGACUGGUGACCUAUGAGAAACUAGAAGAAGAGCUGGAUGGUGUUAUAAUGCAAUCAGCUGAAAUGGAAAAUGAGGAUGAUGCAGAACGGGUUCUUUUCUCUUAUGGCUACGGUGCUAAUGUUCCCACAACAGCAAAACGCCGCCUUAAGCAGAGUGUUCAUCUUGCAAGAAGGCUGUUGCAAUUGGAAAAGCAAAAUUCACUCCUUCGAAGAGACUUAGAUUGUCAGAAGAUCCAUGCUAAUGAAUUAAAUCAAGAGCUUGCAAAUGCCAACGCCUUGCUUAAUCAAGCACAACAGCCUUACAGCUAUCUUAUUGAAACAGUGCGACAGAGAGACGCUCAGAUUCAGACAUACAAAGAACAACUUACUCAACUGGAGAAUGAAGUCUGUCAGUUAAAUAAAGAAAAAGCAGCUUUACUUCGCAUGAAAAACCAAAUGGCAGCAGAUUUAGAGAGGCUCUUGAAUCAGCGGGAGGAAUUGGCAGUGAUGAAGCAAUUUCUGAUAAAUUUGCAUAACAAGCAGCAUGGCAGUGGCUUGCCAGUUUCUCGAGGUGAAAUCAAAAGCAGCCCUAUUACACAAACUACAAAAUUUUCUCUAAGCAUUCCCCCAAAUGAGGAUGAAAACAUCUACAAACCAAAACCAACACUUUUUACAAACAGGGAAUGUCCUGCCUGGUACAGAAAGUUGAAGCAGAAGAAUACUUGACAUUUUUAAUGGGCGUUUAAAGGACCUUCAUAGGUUCUGCACUUCUUCAUCCUACUAAUUUUCAGUAACAUCAUCACACAACUGAAAGUGUGGGUUUCCCAAUUCAAGUGCUGUGAUUCCAAUUAUAUGUCUGUUGUUUGUAAAAGACUUGUGGCGCAUUUACAUUGCAACUGUUGGUGUGAAACUUAAUGCUGCAGUGAUUUUGUAAAUGUAACCUGAAUCUGGAGUCAAGGCCUCAUUUGAAACCAGAGCAAAGUAAAGUGAACCUCCUGGAGUAAUGAAUUUUUCUCCACUUUGCUUCAUUGUUAGUUCAAGCCUUAAAACCUAAUUUGCACUGUAUAAGAUUAACAUCGAUGUAAUGCACCGAUACUAAACUUGUAGUGUAAAUACGCCCUUAUUUGUACAGCUAAAGGGAAGGUGGGUUUACACAGCUAGCGGUGUUAUUGAUGUACAGCAGUUUGUUUUAUUACCGUGGGUGACCAAGAUAUAUUUGGGACAUUGCACAGUGCAUGUUUAAAAAGAAAAUGUUAAUAAAGGUUUUAUUUUCAUUUA